AUGGCUUCGUUGGUAAAUGUUUUGCUGCGAAAAUCUCCCAAUUUGGGCCCUUCCAAGACGCUAUUAUGCAAUUUACCAGCGAUUAAUAAUGUGAAUUCUAAACGUAAUGCCCAUCGAUGGAUGCCGGACACUGAAUUCGUAAAACAAUUCGAGGGUGCUGUCAUGUUUCCCGAGGGUGCUACUGCCCUCAUGAAGCACCCACCAUACAACAGCAUAGUAGCUCCAAGUGAAAAGCAUGUGCGCAACAUGCUUAUAAACUUUGGGCCACAGCACCCCGCUGCCCACGGUGUACUCCGACUUGUGCUGGAACUGGAUGGUGAGACUGUACGUGGUGCUGAUCCUCAUAUAGGCCUCCUUCACAGGGGCACUGAGAAGUUGAUAGAAUACAAGACUUAUACUCAAGCGCUGCCUUACUUUGACCGUCUUGAUUAUGUUUCCAUGAUGUGCAAUGAACAAUGCUUCAGCUUGGCUGUGGAAAAACUCCUGAAUAUUGAUAUCCCUCUACGUGCUAAAUACAUUAGAACACUAUUCGCGGAACUGACCCGUCUGCUAAACCACAUAAUGGCGGUUGGUACUCACGCGCUGGAUGUGGGCGCCCUGACUCCAUUCUUCUGGCUGUUCGAGGAGCGAGAGAAGAUGAUGGAGUUCUAUGAGAGAGUCAGUGGCGCUAGGAUGCACGCCGCUUACAUUCGCCCAGGGGGAGUCUCCCUGGACAUGCCGUUGGGUCUGAUGGACGACAUCUACGAGUUCGCGUCCAAGUACGGCGAGCGGCUUGACGAGCUGGAGGACGUUCUUACCACCAACCGAAUCUGGGUGCAGCGGACGAAGGACAUUGGUGUUGUCACCGCCCAGGACGCACUUAAUUAUGGCUUCAGCGGUGUUAUGUUGCGCGGCUCCGGAAUCAAGUGGGACCUGCGCAAGAGCCAGCCCUACGACGCGUACGACCUUGUCGAUUUCGAUGUGCCCAUCGGAACCAACGGAGACUGUUAUGAUAGAUAUCUAAUCCGCGUGGAGGAAAUGCGUCAGUCCCUACGCAUCAUCGAACAGUGCCUGAACCAGAUGCCAGCCGGGGAGGUGAAGACAGACGAUGCCAAGUUGACGCCUCCAUCGCGCGAGGAAAUGAAGACGUCCAUGGAAGCUUUGAUCCACCACUUCAAGCUGUUCACCCAGGGCUACCAAGUUCCACCCGGCGCUACGUACACCGCGGUAGAAGCGCCGAAGGGAGAAUUUGGCAUCUACCUAGUCUCCGACGGAGGUUCCAAACCGUACAGAUGCAAAAUCAAGGCGCCCGGCUUCGCCCAUCUCGCAGCUCUAGAGAAAAUCGGAAAGAACUCCAUGUUGGCCGACAUCGUCGCGAUCAUCGGCACACUCGACGUUGUAUUUGGCGAAAUCGACCGAUAGAAACAUAACAAUUACAUCCUAAGCGAUUGAUCAUUGUAGAUUAAAUUGUACAUUUUAAGUUUAAGUAAGAAUAAAUUAUUUGUAAUGAG